GGUUUGAAACUUAAACCCUUAACAAGAUAAACCCCCAAAACCCUAGAAGCUCCUCCUUCUAGACUUUUCUCUGCCUCUAGUCAUAUAUAACCCCCUGCUUCACUGCAACCGCACUUCUUGCUCUGCUAUCUCUUCGUCCACAUAACUGAAUCUUUCUAUCAUCAGCGGAAACUUCUCGUCAAAAUCAUGUAUCGUUUUGCAGCAAAUCUUGCCUCUAAGGCCAGGGUCGCUAAGAACAGCACCCAACAGAUUGGUAGUAGUUUAAGUUGGAGUAGAAACUAUGCUGCCAAAGAUAUAAGAUUUGGAGUGGAAGCUCGGGCAUUGAUGCUCCAGGGUGUAGAAGAGCUUGCUGAUGCAGUUAAAGUCACCAUGGGUCCAAAGGGGCGUAAUGUUGUGAUUGAACAAAGUUGGGGUGCUCCCAAAGUGACAAAAGAUGGUGUCACUGUUGCAAAAAGUGUUGAAUUCAAUAACAAAGUCAAGAAUGUUGGAGCAAGCCUUGUAAAGCAAGUGGCUAAUGCUACUAAUGAUGUUGCUGGUGAUGGUACGACUUGUGCAACAGUCCUCACCCGGGCAAUAUUCGCUGAGGGCUGUAAGUCAGUUGCAGCUGGUAUGAAUGCGAUGGAUUUGAGACGUGGCAUUACCAUGGCUGUUGAUUCUGUUGUAACAAACCUGAAGAGCAGAGCCCGGAUGAUUAGUACAUCAGAGGAAAUUGCCCAGGUUGGGACAAUCUCUGCAAAUGGGGAGAGAGAGAUUGGUGAGCUAAUUGCUAAGGCUAUGGAGAAAGUAGGCAAGGAAGGUGUCAUCACAAUUCAAGAUGGAAAGACAUUAUUAAAUGAGCUGGAAGUUGUGGAGGGGAUGAAGCUGGAUAGGGGCUAUAUCUCUCCAUAUUUCAUUACAAACCAGAAGAACCAGAAAUGUGAGUUGGAUGACCCUCUCAUUCUAAUCCAUGAGAAGAAAAUCUCAAGCAUAAAUGCUAUUGUGAAAAUCUUGGAGUUGGCUUUGAAGAGACAAAGACCCCUCUUGAUUGUAUCUGAAGAUGUGGAUAGCGAUGCCCUCGCGACUCUUAUCCUCAACAAACUUCGUGUUGGAAUCAAGGUUUGUGCCAUAAAAGCUCCUGGCUUUGGUGAAAACAGGAAGGCCAAUCUUCAAGAUCUUGCUACGCUGACAGGAGGCCAAGUAAUAACCGAAGAGCUUGGAUUGAACAUCGAAAAUGUUGAUCUGGAAAUGCUAGGAACAUGUAAAAAGGUCACCGUAUCAAAGGAUGACACUGUUAUUCUUGAUGGUGCGGGAGAGAAAAAGUCCAUUGAAGAAAGAUGUGAACAGAUUCGAUCAGCAAUUGAAUUAACCACAUCUGAUUAUGACAAGGAGAAGUUGCAAGAAAGAUUAGCAAAGCUUUCUGGUGGUGUGGCUGUAUUAAAGAUCGGAGGUGCCAGUGAAGCCGAGGUUGGUGAGAAGAAAGAUAGAGUUACCGAUGCAUUAAAUGCCACAAAAGCUGCUGUUGAGGAAGGAAUUGUCCCUGGCGGUGGUGUUGCACUUCUCUAUGCAUCAAAAGAAUUGGAUAAGUUGCCCACAGCCAACUUUGAUCAGAAGAUUGGUGUUCAAGUUAUUCAGAAUGCCCUUAAGACGCCAGUUUACACAAUUGCCUCUAAUGCUGGAGUAGAAGGUGCUGUUGUUGUGGGUAAGCUAUUGGAGCAAGAUAACCCCGAUCUCGGAUAUGAUGCAGCAAAAGGUGAAUAUGUGGAUAUGGUGAAAGCUGGCAUUAUUGACCCAUUGAAAGUUAUAAGAACAGCCUUGGUUGAUGCUGCCAGCGUGUCUUCCCUCCUGACAACCACAGAAGCUGUGAUCGUCGAGCUUCCCAAGGAGGAGAAGGAAACGCCCGCCAUGGGUGGUGGAAUGGGCGGAAUGGACUAUUGAUAGAUAACCUCCCUCCCUCCUUCCCUCCAGUCUCCAGAACGCAACAUUUAUAACUCCCCGGCAUCUGCAUAUACAUACAGCUCGCACUAAAUAAGAGACACAUUUUGUUUGUGUGUUGAAAGGGAGCACAUUCACUGUAUUUUUAUCAGAGGCUCAGAAAUGAAUUCAUGGUUUUGUAGGACACCAAGGAAAUUGUAGUAAUUUAGUACUUUGUUUUCUCAAGAGACACAUUUUGUUUCCCCUAAUUUAAUGUUAUACAUCCUUUGUUUCAACUCC